AUGUCUAGGAGAGCCCCGAACCCCGCCGCUGAGCGGGCGGCGCAAAACCAAGCUACCAUCAAGAGCCUCCUCAAGUUGGAGCCGAAUAAGGUCUGCGCCGAUUGCAAGAGAAACAAGCACCCCCGAUGGGCUAGUUGGAACCUCGGCGUCUUCAUCUGCAUCCGCUGCUCGGGCAUCCAUCGCGGUAUGGGCACUCACAUCAGCAGAGUCAAGUCGGUCGACCUCGAUUCCUGGACCGACGAGCAACUCCAGAGCAUCCUCAGUUGGGGAAAUGCCCGCGCCAACAAGUACUGGGAGGCCAAGCUGGCAUCCGGCCACGCCCCCUCCGAAGCCAAGAUCGAGAACUUUAUCCGCACAAAGUACGAGCUCAAGCGCUGGGUCAUGGAAGGCCCGAUGCCGGACCCCUCGACGCUGGAUGUCGAUGGAGACGACGAUGUGCCUCUGAGCAUAGUCAAGGAGAAGCAGGUUAUAGAGCGCAAGGAGUCGAUCCGGAAGGCCUCGUUGGGUCAGUCACAAGCCCCCAAGGCCGUCCCUCCUCCGCCUCAGGGGGAUCUUAUCGGCGGAGAUCCUGUUCCUGUGCGAUCGAGCAGUGCUGCACCCGUUUCCAAGAUCCCUCCCAAGGCUGAUCCAGCUCCUCCGAGAACCACAAGCACUAAGGAUUCUUUACUGGGACUCGACUUCUUUGGUGAGCCGGCAGCUCCUCCAAGACCAGCGAGCACAACAGGCACUGCCCCUGGCCAAUCUCGUCCCGAUCUGAAGCAAUCGAUUCUGUCUCUUUAUGCCACGGCACCUCGACCACAGGCUCAGCCUCAACCGCAGCAGCAGGGCGGCUUUGGCGGCAUGGCUUCUCCCACCAUGGCCCAUCACCCUCAAGGCUCAGUCGGCGGCUUCAACGAUGCCUUUAGCAGCCUCAGCAUCUCCAACCAACCCAAACCCGCGGCUCCCGAUCCGUUUGCUAGUCUUGGCAGUGCCAGCCGCAACACAUCUAGCAACAAUGCCUUUGGUGGUCUUGGAGGAGGCGGUUUCUUUGACAGCAAGCCUUCUCAGCCGGCUGCUUCAACGCAUCAGAAGCAGCCAUCCAACUUUUCCAACUUUGGUGGCUUCUCCUCUCCAGCACCAGCUUCUGCUGCUGCUCCCGCUCCCGCCCAGCCUGCUCAAUCUGCCAUGGGCGAUCUCUUUGACCUAUCUGCCCCUGUUUCUUCUCCUCCUCCACCUAAACCCGCCGCUCCCGCCGCUACCAGCUCUGUCUUUAAUCUAUCCUCUCCUCAGAGCCCUCCUGCGCCUGCUCCUGCUCCUGCCACCACUACUACAACGACUACAUCUGCUUUUGGAGGCAUGUCGGGUGCCGACGUCUGGGGCGGAAACGAAUGGUCCACUGCAGCUCCGGCGGCACCGGCCCCUGCCAAGGCCCCUGAACCCCCAAAGCCUGCUGGUAAUGAUUUCGGAUGGGGAAACUCGGGGGGUGCCUUUGCCAACACACCUAUUAUCCCCGGCGCGGGUGGAGGCUUCAACCCGGCACCCAAGGUAUCUGCCGAUGAGGAAUUCGGAGGAUGGACUAGCAGCACCGGACCCUCUACCACUAGCGGAUCGAAGCCUACUAGCGGUUUCGGAGGAGACGAGGACUUGUUCAACAACGUUUGGGGAUGA